AUGUGCAAGAAUGAUUAAUUAUAGUGUAAACAGUUUUGUGUAUGUUUGUGAGGUAGAACUAUGCAGACUCUCUCUCAACUAUGCAGACUCUCUCUAUCCUCCUUUAGUAGCUGCCUUAUGGUAGAAAUUAAGGGAAUGUCUAUUAUGGAAUAAAAAACUUUCAUUUAGAAAGUAAAACUUUCUAAAGAAGAAGCAGAAAUGAAGCAUGGGUAACCUCAAAUAUGUCUAUCAAUAGCCUGGUUCUCACAAGACACAGGAAACUGAAAACAAUGAGGUGCUACGAGUCUGAACAGUUCUGCAGAAAUGGUAGCAUAAUUAAACAUUAUGAAAAUGAAAAUGCAUGGAGAGUGCAUUCAAAUGCAUUUACUUUGAACGGAUACAUGUUUGUUUUGAGGAAAUGAAUGAAUUGCACACCGAGUCAUUUUUAUUGACUGUAGUUUUGAGAUUACUGUUGUUAUGCCUGCUGACUAAUUUGUGAAGUCCUGACAAGCAGCGCAACUUCUGCAUCAAUGACAUUUCAUGGUAUCUAUUUCUCCAAACCUCAUUUUGCUGUUAGUGCUCACCACAUUUUAGCCUUUCAAGGAUGAAAAAAAAUCAAUAUGGAUUCACACACUCAACUCCAUCUCUGUAUAGUCAUCCUAUUCACAGGGAGUGGUGCUGCAACAGGGAAAGACGUUUUAUACUCUGAGCAAAAACACUGUCAAAAAGAACUAUGUCUUCAGACCUCGAGAAAGCAAUGAUAACCAUCGUAAAGAUCUUCCACAAAUACUCCGGACACAAGUGUAAGCUGAAAAAAGCCGACCUUAAGGAUCUCAUUAACAACGAGAUGACCCAGUUUAUCAUGAAAAUUCAGGACAAGGAUACCCUUGACUUCCUUUUUUCUGAUCUGGAUCAGAACGGAGAUCGAGAGAUCGACUUCCAAGAGUUCAUUCCUCUUAUUGCCAUGGUGACAUCAGCGUGCCAUGAUCUGUUUAUGGAAGAUCAUUAACACACUCGACUCACUAACUCAGUUAACUACAGAUAAUCACCAAUAAUAAACUCUGCUUUAUGUGAAGUUUUGAUUUUUAUUGAAAGAAUCCUGCAUUUGGUUCUGUUGUAUUUAUUUCAUGAUGUAUUAAGAGCAAGCCAUCACUGGACACCCCACUGAUGUAACAGAAGUGCCAAACCAUUUUUUCCCACCGGUCGUUGAUAUGCAGAUUUGUUGGAGUUAUAAAUAUUAAAGCUUAAAUUUGGAUUGAAUUAAAUGGUUUUUGGCUUGAUUAGCCAUCUUGUUCUGAAAACAUACAAAAAAAAUUUAAAUAAAUAAAUACUCAUUCAAGUAAAUACUUGCUGAUGCAUGAACUGAUUUAUGCAAUUCAUUUCAUGCUAGCUGAUGAUGUAAAGGACCGACCCUUGAGAUGAGCAAUAGGCCACAAGUAAGGGAAAGGAAAAAAGGGUGUGUUGUAACUAAGCUGCGUCUGCCUUUCUUAAAUGACUUUCCAGGAAUGUCAGGAUGCGUGGCCACGAGUCUU